AUGGCAGAGGUGUUAAAUGGCAAUUCGUACACUAGAUCCCAUAAAAACCGCUGUUAUAAAGUUCAUUCAAUGAAGACACACACGCUCUCAGAAAUUGCAGAAGUUCUACAAAAUGGAAUGCAACCUUUGUUCCACCGAUUGAAAGUGGACGUAACUAGUUGCCCUUGUUUAACAAAAGAACCGUACAAUCUUGCCGGUGUAGGAUUGUGUGGCAACACAGCGAUAAUUUAUGAUCAGGAUCCCCCUGAAAACGACCGCGAAUGGCAAAAUAAAAAACGUGAUAUUAAAUCUGUGUUAAAAACUAUUUGCAGUGAUUCCUUUGUCAUUGGAAGUAGUUACGCUACAAAACCGAACAUGCCUUAUUACGGACAUCUCAUUGUGAAUGCCACGUACAAAGCACCUGAGAAUUUUACAAACGCAAGUCGCAUUGUUUUCACAGAAAAAGGUAACGAACAAAGAAGGAUAGAAACAGUAACUGAUCCUAAUCAAUUGAAAUGCACCAACCAAGGCUGUUUAUUUAUCAGCGAGGGUAGACCAGGCAAUGUUGUGAGAGUGCGUGCUAGGGGUCGCAAAAAGGUUGACACAGACAUCAUAACUUCAAUGCAAAACGUCCUUUAUGAUAAUUAUGGAAAAAACACGGAUGAUCUUUUUGCUUUAGGGGGUGUUCUAAGGAUGACAUACGGACAAGUGGCGUGUAAUGUUAUGUAUGACGAAUAUCCGGAGAUGUUACCAUUUUAUGAUUUUUUUCUUCAACAGCAAUGUUCCGAGAUAAAUCUAGAAUCAGAUAUGAUAGCCGUUGGGGUAAUAUUUAACAGUUUCCCAGUACGAAUGACUGAGCAGCCACGUUACGGUGUUAGUAUUUACAAUAGAAAUGAGUUUCAUUGUUUCUCUGAUUUUGGAGCAGGCGGACAAUUUAUUAACGAUAUUUCUCCGGAUACGACAGAAUAUGAAGGUUACUUCAAUGUAGCAGAAAAGCUUAUUAUCCCUGAAAUGAAAUAG